CCGACGCCGACUUGUGUUGCCAUACCGACCUAUGUUUGGUUUUUGCGAGAAAUUCGAGGUUUGAGAUUCAAGUGGACGUCUCUGGGUGGUAGCUACUGCUAUAGCCUCUCUAAACGGUCGAAACAUUGUCUCUCCGUUUUAUUUGUGCUGAAUGUACCAUGCCUCCCAAAAACAAAGGCGCAGGUAAAAAGCCUGCAAAGGCAAGGACGCCCACACUGAUAGAUGGCCUCACCAAGGAGGAGAUGUCCAAGGAGCAGCUUGAGGAGUACAUUGUGCGCCUUCGAGAGGAGCUGGAUAGAGAGAGGGAAGAGAGAAACUACUUUCAGCUGGAGAGAGACAAGAUCCACACCUUCUGGGAGAUCACAGACAGACAGCUAGAGGAGCUCAAGGCUGAACAGAAAAACCUAGACAAGGACAUAGAGGAGGAUGAGAGGCGCCACCAAGUCGAGAUCAAGGUGUAUAAACAGAAGAUGAAGCACCUCCUGUGUGAACACCAGAACACAAUCUCUGAGCUGAAAGCAGAUGGUUUAGUUUCCACUGAGAAGGUGCAGAAAGAGCAAGAAAAGUUAGAGACUGAGCUUCAGAAGGACCUGAGGGCCAUCAUGGUGGACAUGCAGGAGCUCGACAAUGAAGACCUCGUCAAAGAACUUCAACUGAAAUAUGAUGAGGAAUUGACUAAAACAAGGGACAACUUAGAGAAGAAAGUCAUGGAAACUAAAGCCAAGUAUGAGGAAAAGAUGAUUUUGCUGCCACAAGAGCUGGACAACAUGAGGAAAAAUGAGAUCAGUGAGAGAGAAGAUAACUGGAACAGCCACAUCACUGGUCUUAUAGAAGACCACAACAAAACUUUCAGAGACGCUAAAGAGCAAGUCAGUGUCAUGCAACAGGAUCUGGAAGUGAGCAAGUCACUCAAGAAACAAAUUGAACAGACGAAGGUUAAACAGAAGCAGAAGGAAAGGGACCUGAUCCCUGUUUUGCAGGACAACAAACAUCUCACUGAGCUUCUCUUGAAAGUCCAAAGACAAAUUGCUGAAAAAGAGAAAAAAAUGAAAUGCUGUGCAAUGAAAAGGGAUACAUCUGAAAAGUUCAUAACAAAGGAGAUGAAUGAUCUGAAAUGCAAUUAUGAGGCACUGGGACAAAGAUUCAGCAAGCUUCAGCUGGAGAGGGAUGAGCUGUACAACACAUUCUCUCAAAAUAUUGAGAAGGUGGAGCAUAAAGCCAGUGUGAAGAGCAUGAUGCUGGAAAAAAAGCUGAGAGCCCUGACGGACAGCCUGGAGAAGACACAGGCUCAGCUCCACUCAGUGCUUUCUGCCUCUAACAUGGACCAAACUGCCCUCAGUGUGGUCACCAACAGAAUCGAGGAAAAUCUUGACUCCAGUUAUAAUUCCAUCAAGAACUUAGAGAACAAAAAAGCUCAGAUUUCCAAGGCGCGUAAGGAUUUGCUGCUGACUUACGAAGCAAAGCAAAGGACUCUUGGUGUCCCAGUGGAGGAGGUUUGUGCAAAGCCCUUUGAGAGCAGUCUUACUGGGAAAAGUCUGGGGCAGCACUUGGAUCUUGGCUUUACCCUAAAAUGAGAAGCAGUGAAUACACUGACAUUGAACUUAACCAUUUGCAGCAAAUCUCACUUUCUUUGCAUCCUAUUUAAUUAGAAUCUGACAUGUUUUCUCAUAUUUUACUUCAACAUAAAUGUUGAUGUUCAGCAACACAAAGAAAUAAACAUGGACUUUUUUUCUGUAUGUCGUAAUGAUGGCUUUGCAUCCU